AUGACCUCUGUCUGCAGUACAGCGCCCUCCUCUGGCCGCUGGUGCAGAGCACAAAGCAGCACAAAGGACAGGACGAGACCAGCUGACUGUACCAUGGUGAACCAGGGCCCGCGGGCUGAUCCCGUCUGGGGCAGUGACUCCAGUGCGGGCAGUGCCAGUGGAGGAGACAGCUCCAAGGAAUCCUCCAGGUGCUCCACCCCUGUGCUGGAUGCAGACCGCUCCGACCGCCUCCGGGAGAAGAUGAGGAGGAGGACCGAGUCUGGAGACCACUGGUUCUCCCUCGAGUUCUUCCCCCCACGCACUGCCAGCGGAGCCGUGAACCUCAUCUCCAGGUUUGACCGUAUGGGAGCUGGGGGUCCCCUGUUCAUUGACAUCACCUGGCACCCGUCUGGAGACCCCGGCUCAGACAAAGAGACGUCGUCCAUGAUGAUCGCCAGCACCGCGGUCAACUACUGCGGCCUGGAGAGUGUUCUGCACCUGACCUGCUGCAACCAGAGCAUCGACACCAUCAACACACACCUGAGGAAGGCCCAGAGGCUGGGGCUCAAGAACAUCAUGGCCCUCAGAGGAGACCCUGUGGGCACGGACUGGGAGGAAGAGGAAGAAGGAUUCAACUUCGCUGUGGAUCUGGUCAAACACAUCCGCUCUGAGUUUGGAGACUACUUUGACAUCUGUGUGGCAGGGUACCCGACCGGGCACCCGGAGGCGGAUAGUUACCAUAGCGACCUGCAACACCUGCAGGAGAAGGUCUCGGCAGGAGCAGACUUCAUCAUCACUCAGCUGUUCUUCAGAGCAGAGACCUUCCUCACCUUCGUCAAGGACUGUAGAGCCCUGGGCAUCAGCUGCCCCAUCCUGCCAGGCAUCUUCCCCAUCCAGGGGUACCAGUCUCUGCGGCAGCUGGUGAAAUUGUCCAAACUGGAGGUACCAGAGGAGAUCACCAAAGUCAUCGAGCCAAUCAAAGACAACGACGCGGCGAUCCGGAACUAUGGGAUCCACCAGGCGGUACAGAUGUGUCGGGUUCUGCUGGACUCCGGGGCGGUACCAGGACUGCACUUCUACACUCUGAACAGAGAGGUCGCCACCAUGGAGGUCCUGAGGGGACUCGGGCUGUGGCAGGAGGACCCCAGGAGGCCCCUCCCCUGGGCGGUCAGUGCUCAUCCCAAACGCAGAGUGGAGGACGUGAGGCCGAUCUUCUGGGCAUCAAGACCCAAGAGCUACAUUUACAGAACCCAGGACUGGGAUGAGUUUCCCAACGGCCGCUGGGGGAACUCCUCCUCUCCAGCUUUUGGUGAGCUGAACGACUACUACCUGUUUUACUUGAAGAGUAAGUCGUCCAAAGCCGCGCUGCUGCAGAUGUGGGGGGCGGAGCUUCACAGCGAGAAGAGUGUGUUCGAGGUCUUCACCAGCUAUAUCGCUGCUCUGCCCAACCACACAGGCCACAGGGUGCUGUGUCUGCCCUGGAACGACGAGCCCCUGGCCCCUGAGACAAACCUCCUGAAGGACCAGCUACAGAGGGUGAACCAGCGAGGAGUCCUGACCAUCAACUCUCAGCCCAACAUCAAUGGGAAGUCCUCCACAGACCCCAUCGUGGGCUGGGGGCCACCAGGAGGAUACGUGUUCCAGAAGGCGUAUCUGGAGUUCUUCACUUCCAGCGAGAACGUGACGGCGCUCCUCAAAGUUCUGAAGAAGUAUGAGCCACGGGUUAACUACCACAUCGUCAAUGUCCACGGUCGUAACCUGACCAACGCCCCGGACAUGCAGCCCAACGCCGUCACAUGGGGAAUCUUUCCCGGACGAGAGAUUGUUCAACCCACUGUGGUUGACCCCGUCAGCUUCAUGUUCUGGAAGGACGAGGCCUUCGCUCUGUGGAUUGAACAAUGGGCCAAACUCUACGAGGACGAGUCUCCGUCUCGGAUGAUCGUUCAGUACAUCCACGAUAACUACUUUCUGGUGAAUCUGGUGGACAACGACUUCCCUCUGGAGUCCUGUCUGUGGCAGGUCCUGGAGGAUAUGUUCGAGCUGCUGCAGAGCGAGCUCAGGCCGCGGCUCCUCCCCCUGCAGGCUGUUGAACUCCUCCCCCCUCACAGCGGCUCCUCCCCCUGCAGGCUGUUGAACUCCUCCCCCCUUCACAGCGGCUCCUCCCCCUGCAGGCUGUUGAACUCCUCCCCCCUCACAGCGGCUCCUCCCCCUGCAGGCUGUUGA